AUGACUGAGGGCAGACUGUGCCAAGUGCAGCUGCUGGAUGACAGGAAGCUAGAGCUGCUGGUUCAGCCCAAGCUGCUGUCGUACGAACUCCUUGACUUGGUUUCCUCCCAUUUCAACCUCAAAGAGAAGGAGUUCUUUGGACUCGCAUUUUUUGAUGACAAUGGUCAGUGUAAAUGGUUGCAGAUGGACCGCAGAGUUCUUGAACAUGACUUUUUGAAGAAACCUGGCUCCAUUGUCCUCAACUUCCUGGUCAGGUUUUAUGUAGAAAACAUAACACAGCUUAAGGACAUCAUUACGGUGGAGUUGUUCUUCCUGAAUGCAAAAUCUGCUGUGUACAACGGGUUUAUAGAAGUGGAAAGUGAGAAUGUCUUCAAAUUAGCUGCAAACGCUUUGCAGGAGGCAAAGGGAGACUACACAAGUGAUGAAAACACGAGGGCUGAGUUAAAGAAACUACCAACGCUUCCCACCAAAGUACUCAAGGAACACCCAUCACUUGCAUACUGUGAAGAUCGAGUUAUUGAACAUUAUAAGCAGCUGAAAGGAGUCUCCAGAGGACAGGCCAUCGUGCAGUAUUUGACGUUAGUGGAGUCCUUGCCCACGUAUGGCGUGCAUUAUUACGAAGUAAAGGAUAAACAGGGGAUCCCGUGGUGGCUUGGAAUCAGCUAUAAGGGCAUCGGCCAGUAUGACCUGCAGGACAAAUUAAAACCCAGAAAGCUUUAUCAGUGGAAGCAGCUGGAAAACUUGUAUUUUCGGGAGAAGAAGUUUGCCGUAGAAGUUAACGACCCACACAGGAGAGCAGUAACCAAGCGCACAUUUGGACAGACGGGUCUACUCAUCCACACCUGGUAUGCCAGCCAUUCUCUGAUCAAAACCAUUUGGGUCAUGGCUAUAAGCCAGCACCAGUUCUACCUGGACAGAAAGCAAAGCAAAUCUAAAUUAGGAGCAGCGAGAAGUGUGGAGGAAAUUGCCAUGGACCUCACAGAGCACGGAGGAGCAAAAAUAAACAGACUGGGAGACGCAGGCCUGAAAAAUAACUUAAUAACAGCCAGUAAUGGCAGCCUGGUGUCUACAGGUUCUGCAGACUCUGAAAUGAGUGAAGAACAGAAGAAAGAGAAACUGUCUGAACUGAGAAGAAAAGAACAAGAGAUUCAAGAUAUUUUGGCCAAGAAGACAAAAGAGCUAAAGAAGAUUUGCCUGAGAGAGGCGGAGCUUACUGGCAAGCUGCCAAAAGAGUAUCCCCUCUCCUCAGGUGAAAGACCGCCACACGUCAGACGGCGGGUUGGCACUGCUUUCAAGUUAGAUGACCUUUUUCCCUACAAUGAGGAUCCCAUCCUGAGGAACCUGGAGAGCAGAUUCGCCUUGCAGCAAAAGAUUGUGGAGGCGGCUAAGAAGCUCGCCAAUGAGCCAGAACUGUGCAAAACAGUGAAGAAGAAGAGGAGGAGAAACUGUUUGGAUGCCAUGCACAAACUGCAGCAGAUAGAGGACGAGAUGAACCAGUACAGAAUCAAGAAAGGAAAAAAGCCCACGCAGCGGGCCUCAGUGAUCAUUGCAGAUGAACUCGUUCGUUCAGACUGCAGCUCUUUGUCUAGCCUCCCGCUGGAUGAUGAUGACUCAGACGGCGUCAGUCAGAGGCCACGGUCACGGUCGGUCCAAGGCUCCCCUCAGCUCAGCCCGAUGCGAUCGCUGGGAGCAGAAUUUGAUGCGGAGAGGCAGGGAUCUCCGAGGGAAAACCACCAUAACAAGAACCACAGCAGAUUAGCUUUUGAAGGCCAGGAGGCUUCCCACUACUACCAAAAUCCAAGAGAGGUCUCCUCCGCCCACAGUAGUCCCUAUAAAACCCUUCCCAGACCUCCUAGAGAUCCACGCAGCAUGCCGCCCACCCCGGUUAUGACCCGCAAUGCCUACAGCAGCAGCCAGCUCAGGUCCGAGGGGUCUCCUCAUUGCUUCAGGCAUCGCAGCGGAAGUCUGGAGUCGCAGCCUCAGCUAAGAAAAGACACGGACUCCGAGAAGCCCGUCUUUAUAUUGUCACCAGCCCACCGCAGCAACAGCACUGAGGUGUUAGAGGAUUGCUCGUCUUACACCAGCCAGUCCAGUCUGGACUACUGCGGGGCGGCAAACUCCCAGUACAGCACCCUGGACUCCCGAACCUCAACCAUGCAUCGUCUCCACAGGAAGGUGGAAGUGUAUGGAAACACUGGGAGUAUGCCCAACUUGGUCCAGCACCACUCUGGCUGUAGUUAUUCAUGCGAGACCUCAGCACACUAUGCACCCAGUGCCUACUACGUCUCCGGCUACCCCUGCCCGGACAUGGAGCCUUACGCUAACGGUGCCUACGUGUAUGAGAACGAAGUCGAGGGCCACUACAACGUCAACCCUUCCUACCAAAUAAAUGGGUAUCAUGGACAUGACAGAUUCAGGAAUUACAGCAGUGACCGGGCUGACAGUCUUUCCCAGAAUCCCUACGCGACGGUGAGGCCGCCACGGAACAGAGAGGGGCCCAGAAAUGAGCUGUUGGCCAAGAACAUGCACAAGGCACUGGUGGCGGAGCAUCUGAAAGGCUGGUACCACCGAAACAAGGGCCACAGGGAGGGAGGGAGGGGGAUGCUGGCUGGAUAUGACUUCGACAGCGGCUCUCAGCUCAGCCUGGGCUACCAGACCAUGCCGGCGGCCUUCAGCCACUCCAGCAGAACCACCUCCUUUUCUUCAGUGUCCUCAGUGGAAAGCACAGGAAACUGGCGCAACCAGCUCGCAGUCGGCCUGACAGAGUACGACACAUCUGACACACCUCAGUACCCACACCCUGGAGCUCCUGCUUCUCCGUACAACCGCAGUCCGUCACAUAGCAGAUAUCACCUGGAUGGAAGCUACAUGAGCAUCCACUGAGGAGGACCAAACCAAACUUUGGCACAAAUAAAGCCAUGGCCAGCAGCACAUGGCGGGGAUGAAGUUGAAACAUACUGUACGCAGACUUUCGGUUGCUGCCAUAACCCCGUGCUGGAGAGAUGUUGGGUUUGUUAGGUUUUUGGCAGAGUCUACGUGUACGCUGUCCUCAUGUUAAAGUAACCUCUGAACACAGUGAUGACACUCUUGAAUGACUUUCCCAUGUGCCUUGGAUUGGAUGAAUUGUACGGGCAGAUGAGAAUGUGUCAAGGAACUUUAAGAUGUUGCACAACCACACUGGAUUCAAACCCUUUUGUGUUUUAAAAAUGAAAAAAAGAGGCAACGUGUUUUUACUGCAUUUCCAUGUAUUUUAACAGCAACUAGCUACUGCCUUAUACAAAACAGUAGGUUAUAGAGUAAACGUUUUUCACCACUUUCAUCUCAGUAAAGUAUGAUUAAAUAGUCUUAAAAAAACAUCUAAACUGAAAACAAAGCUUGAACAUGUCCACGAUGACAGUGCAAGAAUUGAUCAUUAGAGCAGACUGUGUAUUUCCAUUUCCUCCUUUUUAAUCAGAAUGUAUUAUGUCAAUAUUGUUCAUAGAAACAUUGGUCUUUGUUGGUGGUGUAAUGUGUUUUAAAAUGCAUGAUAAGAAUUUUUUUGGAUAACAACUUCUUUUUAUAUCAACAGAGGACCACUGCCGUUUAAAAAAAACCCCAAAACAAAACAAAAAAAAAAACAUAUCCAUGUCUCAUUGUUUUCUCACAUAUUUGUACAGUCAGUGUGUAGUUAUAUGUGAUUAGAUGUUGUCAUAAAAUAUUUUCCACCGGGAACAAGGAUGUGAAUAAAUACAUGUGCGACAUA